AUGAACUCUACAUUUAACCCAGCAGUUGUAGCGGUAAAAGUUGACUGUGAUGAUUUGUUAUCAUUGUUAUUACCAAAAGUUGGCGAUAAUGGUGUCAAUGGUGUUGAUAAUGGUGUUGACAAUGGUGUCGAUAAAGGCGUUGAUAAAGGUGUUGAUAGUGAAGAUGACGCAUUUGAAUAG